AUGACCGGUGCUAUUAGGAAGGUCCUACCAGAUACUGUCCACCGAUGGUGCAUCUGGCACAUACUGAAGAAGUCACAAUUCAAGUUUGGAGGUUACGCUAGGUACAGAGAAUUGAAUAAUAAGAUGAAUCACAUUAUGUAUAAUUCUCCUUCUGCUGACUCUUUUGAAGUUGAUUGGACUGAAUUCAUCAAAGAAUUUGACCUAGGUCAGAACAGAUGGUUAACAGACCUUUAUGCCAAUCGACGGAAGUGGGUUUCAAUAUUCUUCAAGAGUGAAUUUUGUGCCGAAGUUGACAGAGUACCGAGCUGCUAUGUUCUUCCUCGAUGGAGUAAGAACAUCAUGCACAAGCACACCUACAUUAAGAGUAGCCAUGAUGUGGCUCGAACCGAUGAAGGCCACAACCUGUUUAGGCGUUUGUGCUUAGAGUUCUAUAACGUUGCUCAAGAGUUCAUUACUUGUGAUGAGGAAGCAGCCAUCUUGCGAUCUGCCCUUUGGGAUGCAAAGACCAAGCUGACUGAUUACUGUACCAGGAUGCAUUUGACUACUGUUGCUGCAACAUAG